AGGGUGUGCAAUUGGAAGGCAAGCCCAGUGAGUGCGAGCAGCGAGAUCCCUGCAUGAACGGAGGCCGCUGCUACAACUCGGAGCGUGGGACCCUCUGCGACUGUUCUCACAUCAGCUACGAAGGUCCAUUCUGUGAGAAAGAACGCCAGGUGGAGGAGGCGACUUUCCGCGGCAGAGAGUUCCUGUGGUGGGACUUGCGGCGCACGGGAGGACAGCCUCUCGCCUCCCAGCAGGACCAGCUCUCCCUGUCCUUCAAGACCAGACAUCCUGCGGGGGUCUUGUUCUUCACCGGUGACGGCAAGGACUACGUCAAUGUGGCGCUACGCGAGGGCGGUGUCUUAGUGACCCUGGACAUGGGCGGCGACCCCCUCAAGGUCACCGUCAGACCGAACAGUGUCCGCUUCGAUGACAACCAGUGGCAUACGGUCACUGUCCACCGUACUGUCAAGGAGAUUAAUGGACACACCAGCUUCUGUACUCUGUCCGUGUCCGUGGACGGCCUCUACACGGAGAAGGGCACGACGGCCGGCCCUUUCUCGCAGCUGUCGUCCUCGCGCCUCAACCUCGCCGGCGCCGACGUCCCCGCCCUCCUGCCCGGCGCCGAGACGAGGUCGAACUUCGUGGGAUGCCUCAGGAAGGUGGAGUACCGUGCCGACUCCAUCCGCCUCGACCUCAUCCGCAUGGCGAGAGAGGGAAGUCCACUGCUCCACGUCUCCGGUAAGCUGGAUUUCAUGUGCCUGGAGGUGGAAGCCGGCGUCCCCGUGUCCUUUACCACGCAGGAGUCCUACCUGGUGCUGCCAUCUUGGGAGGCGCCGCGACAGGGUUCCAUCAGCUUCAAGAUGCGGACUACGGAGCCUAAUGGCCUGCUCAUGUAUAAUUCAGGCGCUGUGUCGGCACAGGGAGAUUUCUUCGCCCUGGAACUACUCGAAGGUCACAUCUACCUGCACCUCAACCUCGGUUCGGGGUCACGUCGGGUCAAGGCCACGAACCGACGGGUUGAUGAUGGAUUUUGGCACGAGAUCACGCUGAACCGAGAUUCCCAGGCCGGGAGGAUAACGGUAGACGAAGGAGCUAAUGACUUCACGACGCCAGGAGAUUCGCAUCAGCUGGAUCUCGAAGGAGCCCUCUAUCUGGGAGGCGUCGGCGUAGGAGUCAGCGUCCCCCCGGAGCUGUGGACAGGACGCCUUGGCUUAGGAUACGUAGGAUGCAUGAGGGAUCUGGUAAUCAAUGGCCAGGCUUCGGAUCUCACGACGUACGCUAAGAAGCAGGAUUCAGGAUCCAUCGUCAAAUUCUGCCACAGCGACGGGGGCUCUUGUUCCUCCUCCCCCUGCAUGCACGGUGGCACUUGCAGACAAGGCUGGGGGCGCUUUGUGUGUGACUGCUCGCACACCACCUUCGUCGGCCCCACCUGCGGGAAAGACGCCGCCACCCUGAGCUUCGAAGGCAACCAGUACUUCAAGGUGACGGCAGGCGACGAAUCGAGCACGCAGGCGGAGGACAUCUCCUUCAGGUUCCGCACCAACCGUCCCGCGGGGCUCCUCGUCGCCACCACGUCCUCGCAGUCGUCGGACAAGAUCGAACUCGCGCUGCAGUCGGGGAUGCUGAGGCUCACCGUCAAGUUGGGAGACCGAGAUAAGGUUGUACACGCUGGAAACGGACUUAAUGAUCACCAAUGGCACACUGUACACUUGGUCCGACGCGCUACACAGAUCACGCUUCAAGUGGACAAGGAAGCGCCUGUCCAAGACCACACGAUGGGCCGCCACAGCAUACUUCAGUACCGGGACAUCCACAUAGGCAUGGUCCAUGACAACUCCACCAGCAAAUGGAGACCCACUUCCACUUACUCUUCCCUCUCUUCCUCUUCCUCUUCCACGUCCUCUUCUUCUUCUGUUCCUCUUUCCCCGUCUCCUACUAGCUCGAACCAGGGCCCCGUCGCUCCCUUUAUAGGACAGAUGCAGAGUUUUUAUAUGAAUGGAGAAUACCUGUUUGAAAUGGCUCGCUCUGGACACGGCGACAGAUUUGAGGUGACGGCGGAGUUCGGCAAGGGCGCCCGCAUCAUCCACCACCCAGUGACCUUCAAGUCCCGCUCGGCCUUCGUCGCCCUGCCUCAGCUCAAGGCCUACUCCUCCACCAACAUCUAUUUUCAGUUCAAGACCCUGCAGCCCAAUGGACUCAUCAUGUUCAAUGGUGGCAAAGGCCACGACUUCCUGGCCAUCGAGCUCGUCAACGGCCACAUCCACCUGAUCUUCAACCUGGGCGACCGGCCGGUUCGACUAAGAGACAACAACAAGAUGGCUCUCAAUGACAACAAGUGGCACGCCGUGACAGUGAGCCGCCCCUCGAAACGACAGCACACGCUCAUGGUCGACGAUAACACCGCGAAGGUUAUCAGCGGAGGAAGCAACGGUAACCUGGAUCUCCAAGACUUCCUCUACCUAGGCGGCCUUCCUCCUGAGAUGUACACCAGCCUCCCUCGCCACGUUGAGUCUCGCACGGGCUUCGAAGGCUGUAUCGCGUCCCUCGACCUCAACGGCGAAGCUCCUGACCCGGCGGGCAAGGACGUUCCUCUGAUUUCAAGCCCCGUCUUCCCAGGCUGUGAUGGACCAAGUACAAAGUGUCACCGGAAUGCAUGUGCAAACGGCGGGACGUGCGUGCAACAGUGGAACUCCUAUUCAUGCAACUGCGACAUGACUUCCUUCACUGGUCCCACUUGCUCUGAUGAAUCCACGGCGUAUGAGUUCGGCGGCGGCGCUGGCAUCAUGACCUUCCAGUACCCCGAGGGCAGAUGGCCUGACACCCGCCGUGACCUGCUGGCGCUUGGCUUCAUGACCUCGCAGGAGGAUGCGGUCAUGUUGAGGCUGGACUCGGCCAAUUCCAAUGACUACAUGGAGCUGGAGAUCGUCGACGGCAACAUCUUCAUGGUCUACAACAUGGGCACGGAGGACCACCCCAUAGGCGAGGUCAUGGCGAAGGUCAACGACGGCAUCUAUCACGUGGUCCGCUUCAUCAGGUCAGGCUCCAACGCCACAGUGCAGAUCGACGACUACGAAGUUCGUUCUAAGAAUCCCAAAGGACACCAGCUCUCCGUCUUCAAUGCGCAGUCACGCCUUCAGAUCGGUGGUCGAAGAGCGAGGAGGUCCACGGCUAUCGAGAGGCCCUUCAGGGGUAUCAUCUCCGGCCUGGUCCUGAACGGAGAGCGCCCCUUGGACCUGGCAGCCGAGAGGGACCCCAGGGUGAACGUCCGGGGAGACGUCCACCUCCUGCUGUCUGUUCCCAAGAUCCUUCCGGUGCAGAGCAAGGACGAACUCAACUACUGGCAGAGGACUCCGCCGCUUCCGGGACCGAAACCAGGAGACGGUGACGAUUUGGUCUUCAGCGGCGCCGGGUCGGGCUGCGACAUGGACGAUGAGGAUGAGUGCAUUCCGGUGUUCGAUACGGGCUCAGGAGACGACCUCAUCACGCCCGUGUACAUCCCGCCCACCAUGACAACCGUGACUAAACCGCCCCCGCACCACUACAUCCCUAAUAUUGACGUGGGCGUGGGUUCGAGGCCCUGUGAUGACGAGGAGGACUGUUAUAACGGAGGUUCUGGUUCGGGAGAGUUCAACACUGACGACGGAGUCCUCACCGACGUUGACACCGGCGACGACGUGGAUCUGGAGAACCCCGUGACGAACCAGCCGCUCGUGGUGCCCGAGGUCAUCCACUCGGAGGAGCGGGAGUCCUCGCGCGCGGGCGGCAAAAAGGACCCCGGCUCAGGACCCACCACCCCCCGCACCUUCUUCGCCGUCACCGAGAGCACCACGACGAGCACCACGACGCCCACGCCCAGGACGAGGCCCCGCCCGCGCCCGACCACCGCGGCCCCGCCGUUCCCCUCCAUGGGGCCCCAGAUCCCGAGUGACUACGAUGACAACGGGAAUGACUACAUCCACGAGUACGUUGACACGUUCGGGGACACCACGGGCAUCUCGGGCGACCCGACGAAGGUGCGGACGCCCAACACCAAAGACCAGAUCCACAGCGAUGCGUCCGGAAGCAUCGCGCUUGUCAUCAGCAUCAUCGCGGGCGCCCUCAUCAUCGUCAUCCUCAUCAUCCUGCUCAUCCUCAAGUUCAAGGGGCGCCGCGACGGGACGUACAAGGUGGACGAGACCAAGAACUACGAGGGCAUCCCCACGGUGCCCACGCCCAUGGUCAACGGCCAGGGCAACGGCAACAUCAAGCCCGGCGACCGCAGGCCCGUCAAGAAACAGAGUAAGGAUGUGAAAGAAUGGUACGUGUGAAACUUAGAAAUUUAUAUCGAAUUAUUAUAUCAUGUAAAAUCACAAAAUUACGACUGUGAUCUCCAUUCUUUUGCAAUACCUCUACAAUAAUAAGGAUAAACAUUCCUUCAUUCCGUGUCUGCUAUUAGUUCAUGACUAAAUGGGUUAGCGAAUCCAAAAUCGAUUCAAAAGACAAACAAACUAUAUAUAUAUAUAUAUAUAUAUAUAUAUAUAUAUAUAUAUAUAUAUAUAUAUAUAUAUAUAUAUAUAUAUAUAUAUAUAUAAUUAACAAAAAGAGAAGUGAAAGAGGAAAAAAAACGAUGUUUUGUACAUGCAGAAUACUGUAAGUUUGAAAUUCAAAUUUUAAAUUGUCAUUCAACACACUUCAUUUGUAGCUUAGGUUAGGUUACAUCAUGUUUCGAAAAUCAGUGCCCUUGAAUGUCGCUGCUUAUUUGAAAAAAAUCGACUUUUUUGUAUUGAUUAGCCAGUGGAGGUGCGUAGUUUAGUGACGAUGAGAAUGAAGAGAAGUAGCGUAAGUCUUGUGAGCAUGAGUUGACCUAUUUUGUCAAGAGUGAGCGAGGAUGAGCUUAACCCACUCCUCCAUAACCCCCACCCCCUUUUAGUUUCUGGUCCCCGUUUUCUUUUCACUUAACACGUGCAGUCGUGGUCGCAAACGUCCAUUGUAGAGCAAGAGUCUUGUUAGUCGUCAAGCUUUACACUGCUGCCUAGACCCCUUGUGUUACGGGGGUCUUGGCACAUAAAUGAAAUCUUUCCUAAACAAAACUCUUUUCAUGAAGAAAACUGUAAUUAAGAUGAUGUACAAUAAUAUUCCCAACUAACACUAAUUAAAAACAAUGCUUUGCAAACAUCCAAAACAUGGUAAAAUGCUACUAUUAUCAAUAUCUAACCUUGUUAUAUAUAGCACAACGUGCAUUAAAAGUAUAAAGUCACAGUAGACUGAUUUAGGUCCUAUGAGAAACCCUGACGUGCAUGCAUUAAUGACGAUGCAUUUAUCCUUGUCGUGCUGAUCGGCCUCCCCUUCCUGUGCCAGGGUCCGCGGACAGUCAGCGAUGUGCUUCAAGAACCCUUCUUUUGCUGUAAAAAAAUUACUUUUUUUUCUUUUUCGUUUUCCCUUUUGAAUUAUAAAAUGGUCCGCCAAACCGUCGCUGAACUGCCUCUGACUUCUGCUUCCUGUGCCUGUUCUGUGUAAGGGGAAGGGGGAGAGGGAGAGAUUCUUCUGAGGGGAGGCAAGAGGGGAAAGGGCCGUGGCGAGUACGUAGGUCGUUAUUACCCAAAAGGUUCGCCUAGGGCGUGGCGGGAUGUGAAGCCUUUGUUGAACUUUUUCACUUUUUACAUAUCAUUAGUGAAGUGAUUAGCCAGAUGCGGUAGUCUCUACAAAAUAUAUUUAGUUUAAAAGUCAAAGGGGGCAGUCGGUCAUAGGAAAUUUUUCACAUUGCCUCUGUGGCAAUAGGUUUUUCUUCUGUGGUUAGAAAUAUAAUCGAAACCCCUUAUCUUUAUACGUUUCUGAGCACAAGACACUGGAGUGAAUAACUUCCAAGAAGCAUGAGCUAAUUACGUGAUUUUAAUAGGAACAUUUCAGUGACACUCCGAAAGAACUUACCGAUGCUUCAGUUGAUAUUCGUGCACGGCUUUUUCUCACAGUGAAGAGAUGUGUCGCAAUCCUCGGUGAUGGUAGGCCAAAACAAUUACAAAAUCAUUUAAGAUUUCCUCUAAAAAUAAAAAAAAAACAUAAGGGUUAGGAUAGUCCUUGCCCUUGCACCAUGCAGUGAAGUUAUCCGAUCAUGUGUCUUAUAUCAUGCAGCACCAAAAAGCCUUGGCUGGCUCAUGGCUCGUGUCAGCGCUCACGUUGGUUUGUUCUCAUCACCAGCGUCUCUCACAAAGCGUUCAGGGUAAUAACCGCCCCUUUUUCUUCCCCUCCUUACCCUGUACCAUCUUUCUGUGCCACACAAUUGGUUUAGGGCGAGAAAGGGAUGGAACUUAAGUAUGUAAAAAAGCGAGAAGAGAGAAAAAAAAAGAAAAGAAACAGAAAGGGAAAUAGAAAAUCCCCUACAUUCUCCCUCUCCAAUGCCCGGGAAUUCCCCUUGAACGUUUCCCACCUUCCUACCUGUUACUCAAGGCCGCCUUUGUGUUAGCUGUUGGUUGCAAAGCACUGUUUGAAAACUUUGCACUAAUUGCUUUAAUGUAUGUGAAGGUUAAAGCUGUUGUCUAUUGUGAAAGAUAGGAUAAUAUUGUAUUUGUUAUGAGUCAAAUUUACCCAUUAAGAUUAGAAACGAAUGUUAUGAAGAUAUUGAUAAGGGAAUAUCAUAUCUUGCAAUACUUUUGUUGUGUGAUUAAAUAUUUGUAUAUUUUAAGUUACAAACACAGCAUUAAUAAUAGAUUUGACUUUUAGUAAUUGGUGCAUCAUUAUUGUUUAAAAAACAUAAAGUUAUGUGUACAUAGGAGAUCUAACAUUAAAUAUGUUAGAAAUGA